AUGAUGGCUAAAGCUAAUGUCAUAUUCUCUUCCACCAUUACCAUCUUCCUCCUCCUCUCCAUCUCCCAUUUCCCUCGAGCUCUUUCUCAAUCCGAUGAAGAAUGCAAACCCGAUUAUGACAACACAUGUACCGACAAAAACAGAGCAUUUAAUCUCAAACUCAUAGCAGUCUUCACAAUCCUCAUCACCAGCUUUAUCGGUGUUUGCCUACCGUUAUUCGCUCGUUCAGUUUCUGCUUUCCAACCCGAGAAAUCUAUCUUCCUCAUCGUCAAAUCUUUCGCUUCAGGAAUCAUCCUCGCCACUGGUUUCAUCCAUGUUUUUCCUGAUUCCUUGAAAUGCUCUCGAGUCUCGUCUCAUUGUCUUAACGAUAACCCCUGGCACAAGUUUCCUUUCACCGGUUUUGUCGCCUUGAUCUCGGCAGUGUUCAUACUCAUGGUUGACUCUAUUACCACUAGCCUCUUCAGUAAGUCCGGUAGGAGGGACCCAUGUGCUGAUGUGAUAUCCGCUGAGAUUCCUGACGAGGAGAUGGCGCAUGCGUCUCAUUAUGGUCAUGGUCUUCAUCGUAGCAGCGGGAAAGAACUUGGUUCUAAUUUACAGCUUCUGCGAUAUCGUGUUAUUGCCAUCGUUAAGUAUACUUUUACCCUCGUUAUUUAAAUAUACGAAACAUAAAACUUUAAUUUGAUUCCAAUAACCAUUUGAUUCAAAUAGAUACGCUAGGAAAUUAUAACUGUUUAUAAACUGAUAUCCAUACUAUUAAUUUUGCAGCAUGACCAGUUGAUAUAGGUGUAGUCCAACAAAAAAAAACAUCUAAAUAUAACUGCACAAAGUAUACAGUAUAAUAUAACUGCAAC